AUGUGUCUUAGUGCUACAUUAAUCAUAUCCCUGCUCUUAUUUACAAAGACCAGCAGUGAUGCUGAAACUCGAGAGUCCAGUCUGAACAUCGCCGAGUCACCAGCAUCAGUGGACUUCCACGACAUCUUCAGCAGCCACCUCGCCAUGCUCUCCGAUGAUAAAAUCCAGACUCAGGUCAAAGACAAAGAUUUCCACCUGCAAACUUCCCCGCUAGUCGAGUUCCGAUUCCCUAAAGUUGACACCACUACUGGAACUCCUUUAUCGACACCGCCAGCGAAAUACGCUAUCAGUGCUGCUCAUGUCAAGAAACCCAAUGCAACUGCCAAUGACGCAACUAAUUCUAGCUCUGUACCAAACUACAUUUCGACACCAAGCUACAGCUCAACAGUACCCAGCAGUAUGGAGGUUACAGAUGACAGUACUGUGAUAGUUGCACCGAUGAAGGACAAUCACCAGAGAGGUGUACUAGACCUCCUUUUCCCAUCGUCAAGGGUGAAAAUGUUCAAGAAUGUGUUCGAUUCAUUGAAGAUGAUACUGUCUAACACGUUUCGGAGGCGAUAGUGUUUUGUUUGUGAGACUCAUAAUAUUGGUACACUAUGAAUUGGGGAGUUCUGUUCAAAAGAUAGUUCCACAAUCCCUAUUUUUCAUUUUGUUUUUAUAAAUCUGUAGUCUGGAUUGGUUCACAUCAUCUGAGCUUUGAAAAGCAGUUAGUCAGACUACAGAUUUAUAAAAACAAAAUGAAAAAAUAUGGAUUGUGGUGUCGUUUAUGACGCAGUUUGAAAACUGCGUCAGAAAGCGUUAUUAAUAACCUCUCCUCAAUAUUUUACUGAAGAUAUCUAUAUAUAUAUAUAUAUAAAUGAAUCGACGAAAAGUAUGUAUGCGCAUCACUUCCAAGCGACUAAACCAAAUUGGAUAAUUCUUUUUUCAUUGUGUUCGCUAUUAUCAGGACAAGAUUUGCAUAAAAGAACAUUUUCAAAAAUUCACGGAAUAUUUAUUAUUUAUGCUAGUAAUAUUUUUAAAAUAAAGUUUGUUAUUCUGGACAAGUUUUGGUAGGUACGAAGUUCGCCAGCUCAGCUAUUAAUAAUAAAAUAAUAUCUUAGUUAACUGUUUAAUGUUGAUUAGAAGUUUUUUUUUAUUAAUCCACAAUUUUAUUAUGGCCGUAAUAUUUCCUUUUGAAUAUACAAUCCUCAAUUGUUUUAGAACCUUGAUAAAGUCUUUUCAGUAGUCUUUUCGAAAUUUAUAUGUUAGUUCACAUUUGUAGUAUGCUGGUUUCACAGCGUUAUAGAGCAGCAAUACUUAUAAAAAAAAUGCUACCUGCUUUUAUCUGUUAGAUAGAGUCAUAUAAGGGAAAUGGCGUGACUG